AUGGCUUUAGCUCCGGCGCUCUUAAAGCCCGUGAUGGACUUUAGGUUCCUGGAUGAGGGUACCGGCGGGGAUAAGAAGCGCAAACGACAAAAAGAUGAGCGCGAGGCGAAAGCCGCCGCCGAAGCCGCGGAGGAGGAAGCCGCCGCCGCGGAUCAACCGGGCGACAUGGCAAUUGACGGCGACGGCGCUGACGGCCAGCCGACAGCUAAACGGCAAGCCGUUCCCAUGGCCGACGACGAGAACCGGCCGUCGUUUGGUCGGCCGUCGUACGACGGAGUGAUCGCAGGGAAGGCUUCGGGUCGCAAAUGGAAAACCGUGCGAACGACGAGGUCAUCCGCGCUAAGAGUCACCGGCCGGAAGGAGGUUUCGUUAGAAGAGAAGCGAAGGCAGCGAGAGCUUAAGAAGGCGUAUAGGGAACGGAAGGAGGAGUUGAAGGAGGAGAUUAGGAGCAACAAGCAGGCGAAGCGAGCCGCGGCGCAGGAGAAGCAGCGGCGGAAGGAGGAGAAUGCGCUCAAGGGCGCGCCUCGUGAAAGUCUAAGGAAGAGGAUUGCCAGUGCCGCACGAGGCAACGAUCUGUCUGAGACUGAGGAGGGGAGGGGAGGCGAGCAGGGUAAGGGACGAUGGCGAAGAGUGAGAAGAGGCGAGAGGGUGUACAGACGAGGUGGUGUGAGGGGGUACGUGUGUGUUCUGCUGCUGGUUGCUGCUGAUUGGUGCUGUUGCGUGGGACAGUAG